ACCAGUCUACAGAUGUAAAUAAAGUGCGCAGCUGGGGCUACAUGUGUACACACCUAACGGCGAAUGUUCUGAGCUCUCCAUACCAAAUAUUGUCCAAAAGCUGUCUGCCAGAGAAACGGACGAAAGUGCAGGAGCUUCAGAGGACGACAGAGCUUGUUACAGUACAUCUGACAGAUUAUUUGCAUCAAAACAACAAGCCGGAGGAAGAUCAUGUUUGUUCCUUUGCCGGUGCCGUUCGUGUUUCAGAGAGCUACCCCUGACCUCAACGCCUGGCGUCUCAAAUCCCCUCUGGCUCUCCGCUCCAACUCCGAUAUCAGGAUGUCAAAGCCAGGAGAGGCUGAAAAAGUCGGGGCUGACUCACCAUUGGAGGGCACAGAUUCAGAGCGGAAUGGACCAGAAUCAAAUCAUCAGACUCAGUCAAUGAAAGCCUGUCCUUUUCCUCUGUCACCAAACCUGAGCAGCACCAAGACUAAGAUGGAGGAGUGUGCUGACAUGUCCCCAGCCCUCCCUUCCUCUCACGGCCCGACCCCAUCACAGACUGCCCUGCAACACACACAGCUCAUGCUGACCGGCUCCCAGUUAGCAGGGUUGACAGCUCUGUUGCCGGCGCAGCAGCAGCUGUUGCUGCAGCAGGCUCAAGCGCAGCUCCUGGCUGCAGCUGUGCAGCAGUCCAAUGCAGCCCAUGCAGCUCACGCUGCCCACGCAGCCGCCCAAGCCAAUCAGCAAGCUCAGGCAGCUGCAGCAGCCAAUCAGCAAGCCCAGCAGCAGCAGCAGCAGCAACAACAACAGCAACAAGUGGGUCAAACGGGGCAGCAGACUCAGUCGCAGUCCCAGGGACAGAGUACACAGGAGCAGAGCGCCCAAAGCGUCCCUGUCCCACCUCCUCCAUCCCAGCUCACCCUCUCCCAGCCAAUCCAGCUCACUGCCCAGGACAUUCAGCAGUUGCUGCAGCUACAGCAGCUGGUGCUGGUCCCCGGCCACCCGCUCCCGUCUCCUGCCCAGUUCCUCCUUCCACAGGCACAGCAGAGCCAGCAAGGACUCCUAUCGACACCAAAUCUUAUUCCGCUACCUCAGCAAAACCAAGGGAGCCUGCUCUCUGCUCCGACUAGAAUGGGGCUUCAGGCACAGCGAGAUAAGGGUGUGGAGGUGAGUGGUGGAGGUGUGACCACGGUGCCUUCCGUGACCUCUCACCCCGAGGACCCCAGUGACCUGGAAGAGCUGGAACAGUUUGCCCGCACUUUCAAACAAAGACGCAUCAAACUAGGCUUCACACAGGGAGAUGUAGGCUUGGCCAUGGGGAAGCUGUACGGCAAUGACUUCAGCCAGACCACCAUCUCCCGCUUUGAAGCCCUCAACCUGAGCUUUAAGAACAUGUGCAAGCUGAAGCCACUGCUGGAGAAGUGGCUGAAUGAUGCAGAGACCAUGUCCAUAGACAGCACCCUGCCCAGCCCCAGCUCCCUGUCCUCACCCUCUCUGGGCUUCGACGGCGUUCCCUCGCGCCGCAGAAAGAAGAGAACCAGCAUCGAGACGAAUGUACGUGUGGCCCUGGAGCGCUCUUUCGUGACGAACCAGAAGCCUACCUCAGAGGAGAUCCUGCUGAUCGCCGAACAACUCAACAUGGAGAAGGAGGUGAUCCGGGUCUGGUUCUGCAACCGCAGGCAAAAAGAGAAGCGCAUCAACCCGAGCAGUGCCACUCCUCCUCUGCCCAACCAGCCCCCCGCAGCCCCACCAGCGCACAAGCCACCCUGCUACAGCCCUCACAUGAUGUCUAGCCAGAUGUCACAGGCCGUGACGAGUCUCAGCAGCACAUCGGUGACCACCAUGUCCUCCGUCUGCCCUCUGACUUCCAGCCUCACCUCCACCCACCCCUCUCUCAGCUUAACCCACACCCCACUCAGCUCCACUCCCUCCCCGGCAACUCCACCUCCUCCACCUAUUCCUCCCCGCAGCACAGCCAGCCCGGCCAGCCACAGCACACUCAACCUUAACACAGGCUUAUGGCGAAUGGGUAAAAAGAAUGGUGACGUGUCUAACUACAUCACCGAUUUUGCUGCAAACUUGAGGAACACUGUGAUGGGAGUUAACACAGGGAUGAAUCAAGCCCUCCUCGGUAACAAUCCCCUGGCCACUAUCCAAGCCCUAGCAGCCAGUGGUGGCCACCUACCUCUUUCCACUCUUGAGGGUGGGAGCAAGGUGAUGCUGGGGGCAUCCGGGGGUCAAGGGGGGGGCAUCCCCUCCUCCCUCUUCCUCAACCACCCCGCCCUCCUCCACAUGGGCCAGAAUCCCAACGCCGGACUGGUCAGCACCGCCGUAGCCAAAGUCUCCCAGCCCUCGCCCUUCCCCUCGGCCAGCAGCAUCAGCCCCACACCCUGCUCCCCCUCGCCCUGCUCCAGCCCCGCCUCUUCCUGCUCCUCCAGUGAAAUGGCACACAGCCCGCCCUCUCUGGGCGGGGCCAAGAUCGAGUGACCCCACCAAGGGCCAAUCAGAGAGGAGGAGGAAGGAGGAUACGAUAACCUCGCCUUUCACACCAAAGCUAUCUCUUUCUCUCUCUUGUGCUCUUCUUUUGUUAUUUUUCUUUUCCUCAAUGGCUCUCUCUCUCCUUCUCUCCCACUCUUUCGAUGCCAAAAAUACACAGAAUGAAAGAGGAGAGAUGGAGGGAAAGAGGUGAAAGAGGGGAGAAGGGAGAGAAAGGAGAAGAUUGAAACCAAAAAUCUUUAUCUAUCCAAAAAAAAACCAAACAAAGAUGGAAAGGAGGCAACGUGGGACCUUUUUGUCAAGAACACGUGAUGUCGACACGGCACCUCUCCACUCUUUCUCUUUGAAGGAAAGCAAACCGAUGACUCUUUAACGAAGAGAUGGUAGAGGUGCUCGUCGAAGUGCAUAAACCAAAAAUGACAAAAGAAAAACUUUACUAUAUGACAAAGGAAUGGCGCAAGGACAAAAAAAUGAAGAAGAGGAGGACUUUGCUUUCUUUUUUUUUAUUGUUGUUAUUAUUAAUAAGAAAAGCUGCGGGUCUGAAGGAAGAGGAGUGGGGUGGAUAUGUUUAAACCAAAAAUUUACCUGAGGAGGCGGCGGAGGAGGAAUACACAAUGACAAAAAACAAAAAAACCCCAAAAAAUCGACAACCAUACCAAAAUCACAAAUACCAAAAACCAAAAAUACGGAGAGAAAAGCUUUAUUCAAAGGACGUGUAAAUACUGAAGCUAUCCAGGACCAGGACUCUACUGCUACUUUCACACAACAUACAUACACACACACAUGCACACACACACGCCCAUCCAUUCUGCAUCGACUCAUCAUGUCUGCGUCUGCUCAUGUGUUUCCUAUAGGUUUGCAUGUUGGAUUACUUUGAGUGAUUUUCAAACAUCUGCUGUGUAAAAGCUCAUAUAUGAUUGUAUGAUAUGUUUGUCAGCCCUGCUGUAUCUUCAUGUGUGUUUAAGUCUCUUUACCUACCUCUGGUCGCAAGAGCAUAGGAUAGUUUGACUUUAACUUCAUAGCAGGCCUGACAUGUUUUACACUUUGAGAAGAUUUUUUUCUUUUCUUUUUUUUUGUUAACUAUUUAUUAGUGCCAUUAUGAACGGUUUAGCUGGUAUUUAUUUUGUAUGCUGUUGUAGUGUUAGCUUUGGAGUGUGAGUCAUUGUCAUCGUCAUCGUCAUCUUCAGGGUUUCCGCCAGAACAGAGAACAAAAAGCUGUCGGGUCCAGCUGGGGAUUUAAGGUGGCACUCGGUUAAAGGUGGUGCUCAAUGGCUCCUCGCCCGCCGUCAUGCACGGCCUACUGGCAGGACAGCAGGGCUGUGUAGGUGCGGCUUUUGCUAUUUCUGUGCCGAUGGUGAGAAAACGGGAGAAAGGGAGGCACAGUGCGUUUCUCUCUCCUCUUAACAUGAAGAUAAAAUAACGUAGGCUAUACCAGCGGGAGAGUGCGGCUAACCUUGUUUACAUAACCAAAAAAAAGAAAAGAUCCCAGCCAACAGUUUCGGUCUUUAAAUAAGUAAAGUAAAAACUUGCCCCUCAGUUUGGAUCCAGAGAUCCAGCGGGAGGUUUGCAAUACGCUGACGGAAACCCUGAUCUUGAUCUUCAUUGUGGACGUGUCUGUCUUCAUCUGGCAUCUUGUUUUUAAUGUGAACCUUCUCUGCAGGAACAUACGUUACAGUGAUGAUAAAACGCUCAUCUCAGCCCUCACCAAGUGCCAAUAGUUCAAAGAUAAAGAGUUGGCACACUGAGUUGAUUUCAAGGAGUGAAUGAAUUUUUUUAAUUUUUUUAUUUCUUAUCAAGACCUAAACAUUUUCUGUUGUGCUUAAUCAGACCCGCUCUUUGCUCGGUCUUAAAGAUAACCCAUUAUCGGUGACUCCACGGCUUAAAUGAACACGCCCUGCUAAACUUCACACUCUGAAAAUGAUGUUUGUAAAGAGUGGUGACCGUUUGGAAAGUAUGAAAUGGGGCUGUGAUUGGAGAUUUACAGGAAUCACCGUUUGAGAUUGAAGGCUAAACAAGUCAAUAAAGCCAAGUUUAGUCACAGCUGGCUCUCGUUCCUGCCUCGUCAAUCAGCGUAGACGUCCUGACACCUGUAUGUCUAGACAUGUUUACUGAUAUUUGUCUGUUUCCAUCAUCACCCCAUCAAUCAUUUCAUUUUCCACCUCAGACUGCCAUUAAUUCUCAAAUGGAAACCAAAGCAUUUUUUCAAGGCUGGGCUUUUCUAUAAGAGCCGCAGCCAAGACACAUGAACACAAUACAGAGACAGAGGUGGAGAUGAGGGGGGCGGGGGGAGCUGAGAACAGGAGGUUAACACUGGAAGAAGCCCCCACUCCCCUCUGCUGUAAUCCCCUCCACCCGGCCCGUCCAAGAAACCCAACUCGGGAAGGGGGGGGGGGUUUCUUUAUUUAUACGGGGACUGAUCCUUUACUACAACAAAGAAGGGUAUGCUGGGACACGCUGUAGUGAGGGGGGAGCAGGUGUCACAUUUUUUUGUUGUUUUUGCUUUUUUUUUUAAAGAGGAUACCAAAAAUAAACCCAAACCAAAUAAAAACCAAACAAACCCAAAACCCAAGGAGCGACAGAAGCAAACCAAAAAGAACCCAAACCAAAUGUGGCUGGAGGGAGGAGGACGGGAGGAGGACACGGUGCAGGAGAUGAAACAAACGAAGCGUCGCCAUGUGCCUGUCUGUAAGCGUCAGGGCUGCAGUGCCAGCCUCUGUCUGAAACUGUGUAGCAUGGAUGGAGGCGACUUAGAGGAGCAACAGACCGCUCCUCCCCUCCUCUGCCCCCCCCUCCAGCUCAGCUCUCUGGUCCUGGAUGGAGCUAAACGCAAAUGACCUCACUGAACUGAAAUCUUAUUUAAAAGGAAAAAAAAAAUCUGUUUUUAUUUUUCUGUUGGUUGG